AUGAAACAACAGCUAACACAUUAGCUGACGUGCUUGACUUUUCCAGUGAAACUCCCGAACAACAUGAGAUCCUCAGAUGAGGAGAGGCAGACUGAGGAGGAGGAGGAAGAGAAAGUGAGACAUUUAAAAGCUUAAGCAGCUUCUCUGGAAGAAAAGAGAAGCUGAAGGUCAGGGGAGAAACCCCGAGAGACCCUUCGGCCCCGAAACAGACACUUCUUAGCCACAACUCCACCGAUGAGACCCAACAAGACGAGACCAAGAAGACAAUCAGGUCAAGGAGGACAAAUGAAGAAACUCCUACUCCUCCUGACAUGGGUCAGUCGACGGUGAAUAGACACAGAGAUUAGAUAGAUAGAUAGAUAGAUAGAUAGAUAGAUAGAUAGAUAGAUAGAUAGAUAGAUAGAUAGAUAGAUAGAUAGAUAGAUAGAUAGAUAGAUAGAUAAGAGGAAGGACAAAUGAAGGAAACAUCUGCAAGUGAGAAGACUUGAGUCAGGUGAAGGAGCUGAGAUGACGCCAGAGGAACCUGAACCGAUCCAGCUGUGCCAGAAAUAGCUUUCAUCAUGGGUUUAAGCCAAGUCUCCAACAUCAUUCCAAACAUCGGUUUGGUGGCGGCAGCAGUGGCAGCGAGCAACCAUCCCAACAACUCUGGCACCUUGCCCACCUCGUCCCUCCCUCCGUCAUCCUGCAGCAUUGAUGAAUCCUACAAGUAUGUCUUCCUCCCCGUGUGCUACUCGCUGACCUUCCUCUUCAGCCUCACCCUCAACUCGGUGGUCCUGCUGCGCUCCUGCUGCCACCAUGGCGGUUGCCGUAGUGGUGGUGGUAGUAGUGGCGGUGUGCGGCGCUGGAACACCUCUCUGAUCUACAUGGUAAACCUGGCCACCACUGACCUGAUGUAUGGUCUGUCGCUGCCCUUUCUGGUGGCGAGCUAUGUGCUAAGGGACCACUGGGUGUUCGGAGACUUCAUGUGCCGGCUCGUCCGCUUCCUCUUCUACUUCAACCUGUACUGCUCCAUCUUCUUCCUCACCUGCAUCUCUGUGCACAGGUACUUGGGGAUCUGCCAUCCAAUGAGGACCAUUACUUUGGAGAGUAAGCGGGUGGUGAAGGGGACCUGUGCACUGGUGUGGGUGGUGGUCUUCAUUCUCACCUGCCCUAUCUUCAGGUUUGCCCAGACAGGAUACGUCAGGCGUAGAGGUGGUGGGGUUGUUGAGCCUGGUGGGGCAACGGAAAACAGGAACAGUACAGGAUCUCAGUUGGAGGACCAGGAGGGAUACAUGAACUGCUGGGACGAUGCCAUUGAUAAGGAGUUUGCGGACUACGUCCCCUAUGGCAUUGUACUCCACCUAUUGGGCUUCUUUGUGCCCUUUGUUAUCAUCGCCUGGUGUUACUCUCAGGUGGUCAGGACGAUAUUUCAGACCCUGCGCUCCCCUCCCAGUUCAAUAGAGGGUGGAGAGGAUGGUCCGGUGGGAGACGGGGCUACAGAUGGGGUUAGAGACCGGGAAAGAACAUCAGUCUCCAUCUCUGGAUCACAAUAUUCACACUACAUCCGACGGCGGCGGAAAUCGAUUAAGACCAUUGUAACCAUCACACUGCUGUUUGCACUCUGUUUCCUGCCCUUCCAUGUGACCCGGACGCUAUUCCUGCUCCUGCGGCGGGGCCAGCUUGGAGGCUGCAACGUCAUGAAGACUGUCUCCAUUUGCUACAAGGUAACCAGGCCGCUGGCUUCUUGCAAUGCCUGGUUGAACGCCCUGCUCUACUUCUUGACGGGAGAUAAGGGCGCCCCCUGCUGCUGGCCAGCAGAACACACGGUCCGUAGAGACCUCCGGAGCGGCUCUCUCUGGUGGCCACUGAAAAUCCUGAAAAAAGAUGGAGUGGGUGAGGAUGACCAGGAGGCGGCUGAGAAGGUUGGAAGGGAGGUGCACAUAGAAAACGAAUCCAAGUCUUCAAGGGUCAUCUUCUAGAAGGUUUUUGAGUUGGUUUCUUUGUAAAAGACUUAAAACGAUGCACCAGGAAAGGAUCGAGCAGUUAAACAAAAAGCUGCUCAGUCAUGUUGGAGAUUCCACUAGAAAUUAGAGCAACUUUUAAAUGAAUUUCCAGAAAAUUGGCAAAAGAAAAUGUGAAUUACAUUUCCAUCCACUACUAUUACAUGAAUCUUAGGAGUCAGUUGAUGGUUGAGGACAAGGUUGUUAAAAGAACUUUUAAUACCACGUGGAUACAUCAGACAUUUUUAUCUGUUUCUAGUAUUAAUUUAAGGUAGAUUACAGUCUCAUCGCUCCACACAGAUCGGAUGACUUGAACGUCGCAUUUUGCUUUUUUCAAUAUGACAAAUUUUCCAUCUCUCCAACUUAUUUGUGAUAUUUAAACUUAAAUUAGAAAUUGUGUAUUAGGAUAGAAAUGCAAAAAUGAUACUUCACAGCGACUUCUAUGUAAAAUUAUUUUAAAAUAUAUUUAAAAAUGUAGAUCAGGGUGAUCCAAGAGUAAGUGGGCAUUUUGAAUUUAACCGGACAUUUGACACCAGAUUUCAUCACUUAACAGUUUUAAAUACUUCAUAAUGUGGACGCAUUUCAAUUGGUAUCAAAUAAGUAUUUAAUAUCCAGCACUACUGUCAACGUUGAGUCACGUCAAUAAGAAAAACACAAAUAUUCUCUAACAAACUAUAAACAUGCUGUUUUAGCAAGAAAUCAGAAAUGUGUGGAGUCUGAUAGAGAAGACAACCUUUAAAAUCAACUGCCCUCAAAUGAUAAAUUCACUAAAUAACUAAUAAUUAAUUUAAUAAUUUGUACCCUUCAUGUCCUCAGAAUACUAAAUUUGCCCUUUGUUCAUCCCCUGACACUCUCAGUGUGGUUCAGUGUGUUUUUACUUUUUAGAUUUAUGGAUCUACUCAUUGUUUGUUGUACUUUUUUAAGCAGGUUUUCAGUAUAUAGCGUGUUCACACACAUGCAGAUGGUCGAUUCUUUUAGUAUCCUGUGAUGAUGAUUUUUGUUGUUUUUUAAAAAUAAAGAUUAGUUUGUAGUACAUAAUGCGUAGAAUCAGUGCAUAGACACUGAGCAUUGGUUGUAUUUCUUUUUAGGAUAUAAAUUAAUUAUUUUCAUUAUCUACUAAUUGGUUUAUUUUUUAAAUUAUACUUUUAAUCUUUUAUACAAAAUAUACAACCUGUUUGCAGGUUGAUAAUGAUAUAAGACAAGAAAAGCAGAAAACGAUCAUGUUGUUUGACGUCUUUUACCUUUUAGAAGACAGACAUGGGGGCACUGCAUACAUUAAGAAUGUAAAUUAUUAUUUGGAGAGUAAUUUUUUUAAAAAUUUCAGCCUGCAACAGACAAAACAAAAUAAAGGUUUGUUUCUGUCUGCAUGAAGUUUUUGCCUUCUCCUGCCGUUAGCCAGAAACCAGAAAGUUGACCUUUGAUCCUGUGUCAUAAAAUCUGACUGUUCUGCUGAGUAUUAACAGGUUGCUGACUUUGUUGUUUUUUUUUCUUGUGUAAGUAAAGACAAACCUUCACUGAAUCAGUCAUGGACCAUGUAAUUGAUAAGUGUGAUUCAUGUUAACCCCUAAAUGCAGCCAUGUUACCAUGCUGACUUGUGCUGCUGUCUGAAUAUAGAGCAACACUCUGCACGUACCUGCUUCCUGUGAUGUUGUUGUUGUUGUUGUUUUUGAGCUCAGGUCAGUCUGUGAUGUCAGACCUCAUAUUUUUUUUGACUUGUGUAAUUUUGACAUUUUUGUGCUGCAAUAUCUGGAUUAAAGUGUGUUGUCGACAUCA